AUGGAUGCUUACCAUUUGUUGUUAGGCAGACUGUGGCAAUAUGAUAGACGUGUGCAUCACGAUGGGAGAGCCAAUAUUUACAGUUUUGUAUUCGAGGGAAUUAAAAUUGUACUCCUACCUUAUAAACAGUCGGUGGAACAACCCAAAUCUACAAGUGAUGUUGCAGCCUUAUUGUCUCGGGCUCAAUUUGACAAGGGGCUUCUAGAAGCAGAAAAGGGGUAUGUUUUAAUGGGAAAGGAAGUGUUGGAAUACAACACUAUUCCAGAAUCUAUGGCUCCACUCAUUAUCGAAUUUAGUGAGCUUUUUCCUGAAGUGUUACUGAGAGAAUUGUCUCAUUUGCGUUAUAUUCAGCAUUAUAUUGAUUUGGAGCCUGGAGCGACACUGCCAAGCAUAGUACAUUACAUGAUGAACCCGCAUGAGAAUGAGGAGCUGAGACAACAUGUUGAAGAAUUAUUAGUUAAGGGUCAUAUUAAAGAUAGCAUGAGCCCUUGUAUUGUACUUGCCCUUUUAAUACCAAAGAAUGAUGGCUCUUUUGUGGACAAAAUGGUCAUCAAUAAAAUCACUGUCAGCACUAUUAUCGCUCCUAUAAUAGACUUCAUGAAGGGUGACCAGUUUGAGUGGACUGCAAAGUUCGCCUAUACGGUGAGACAUAAAGUAGGGGUUGCUAAUCGGAUGGUAGAUGAUUUGAGUCACAAGAGCAGCUUACUAGUUUAUAUGCAUGUGGAGGUGUUAGGUUUCGACUCUUUUCGUGAGUUACUUGUUGAUGAUCCUUACUUUUAUGUCGUAAUGCAAGAUGAAUAG